UAUUGGCUAAACUGGCAACAUGACCAUCCCCAAAUACAAUAUCUGUUUCAACACACGAUUUCACAUCAAAAAUCUUGCAAAACAAAUAUAUAAUCUCCUAAAUGUUUUACAUAAAAUAGGAAAAAAAAACCCCUAAAAUUAACAACACUUUCUAGUAGUGCCACAGAUUAAAAUUUGUAACUUAAAUCUGUCCACAGAAAAAUAGCGUGGAAAACUAUUAAAUAAUUCUUGUGUAUAAAGCCUAUGCUUUAAAAGAAAGGGAUUAGGGAAAUUAUAAUAUCAGCAUGUAUACUAGUAUACUUUUGUAGGAAGUACAAGAUGAUGUUAUAAUAUGAACUUGGAACAUUUCUAUGAAUUAAAACAAACUGAUGUUACAGAUGCUGAAGUUUAAAAAAUUUAUGCUAUAAACUAAAUCUUAUAUGUAUGUAUGAACGUACGUAUGCUGUAGCUUAUAUCCAAAUUUUAUCAGUUAUUCAGGAUAUUUAAUAACGGGGUUCAAAUUUUGUGAAACACCGGUUAUCAUCCAGUCAAUAUGGCAGACAAAACGGAACGUUUCGAGUCUUUGGAACAUCAGUUAGAAACAUUUAUUGAAACAACUCGACAAAUUAGUAUAAUAGUUUCAGACUUUCAACAACAAGGUCAAAACUUAUUAAAUCAAAAACUCCAUUCUAUGGUGACAGGUAUGCAAGAAAUUGACAAGUUAAAAGGACAAAUGCAUGAUGUACAAGUACCAUUAGAAGUUUUUGAUUGCAUUGAUAGAGGGAAAAACCCACAUCUUUAUACCAAAGAAUGCCUAGAAAAAGCUCUUGCUAAAAAUGAAUUAGUUAAAGGCAAAAUCGACAAUUUUAAGGUAAGUUAAGAUUAAAUUAGAAAC